AUGACUCUCCUGCCUUCGCCCCUCGCUCAGUCGACAUUGAGCGAGAAGGCUGCCCUCUACUUAGACCACGUCACCGACAACCUCCCCGUGUUCUUGCACUCCCUCCGUCCCCGAUUGGACCCGUGGCUGACAUACUCGACCACGCCCUUCCGUUCAGUCGCGCAGGCGCUGCCAUUUGACGAACAAACCUCUGCCAUCUGUCUAGCUCUGCUCGUUUGUCUCCUGACCAUUGUCGCGAUGAGUUGGACAAACCCCCUGUCCAGCCUUUGGCGUCGGGCUGCCCCGCAGGUCAACGACGAUGAUUACAGCUACAUCACCCCAGACUAUAUCGUCGACCCCCCGAGCAAUACUGCACGUCACGCCAAUCAGACCAGAUACGACCCGAAUGUGGAUAGCAGCGAGCCGGACAUUAUCUGCCUUCGACACCGUAGCACUAUCUACCCUCUCCACUUCCGUGCAUACGCCAUCGACGACGGUGUGCUGACCGUGGGCGCACUUCGGGAGGAGGCUGGACGACAGACCGGUGCCAAACACCCUAACCAGGUCCGGCUGCUGUACAAGGGAAAUCUUCUCAAGGAUGAUGGUCGGUCAUGCAAGGCCGAAGGACUCAAGCAGCACUCUGAGGUGCUGUGCGUGGUCUCUGAGGUCGGCGCCAACACCCCGAACGAAGUCUCGGACUCGUCCUCGCGUGUAGAUGGGGAAGACGAAGAUUCCGGCUCACCUGUCGAGAAAAGCAAAAAGAAAAAGUCCAAGAAGAAGUCCAAGAAGAAGGCUCCUGUUUCGACUCCCACCUCCACUCCCACUCCCACUCCCACCCCCAACCCUGCUCUGCCACCCAAUCUCAAACUCCUCCCCACCGCUCUAGAGCAGCUGGCCGCGUUGACUGGGUACCUCCGACAGGUGCUCAUCCCAAUGUGUGAAGAGUUCUUUGCCGACCAACCAACCGAUGCCAAGAAAUGGGACUUCGAGUACAGGAGAUUAAGUGAGACCAUCCUACAACAGAUCAUCCUUAAGACAGAUGGGAUCGAUCCCGAGGGCAACGAUGACGUGCGAAAUUCCCGCAGAGCCCUGGUCAAGGAAGCGCAAUCGUACCUCACCCGGCUCGAUGACAUGCAUAAGGAGAAGCAGAAGAACUGA